AUGUCGAACCAACCGCCAUACUUUGGCAAUGCGCCACAUUACCCUUCGCAUCUCUAUCCCCAGCAACACCAACACCAACACCAACAGCAACACCAACAUCUACAGCAGCCGGAUCAACGGCCGUACUCAUACCUUCCCACUCCAGUCGCUCUACAAGGCCCAACAUUCUCCUCUCCCGAGAGCUCCGGUCACACCGCUCCCUCCGAACAAACAAACCAACAUUCUCAUUCACAGCCCAGCCAGUCAGGGAGCCACCGUCCGUUUUCAUAUGUGUCGCCCGAUACCGAUAAGAUAGUGGAUGAAUCAUUAUCAACGGCUUCGAAUAACAGGGAACGAUGUCGACUACGUGGAAUAAUUUCUACGCCUCAUGUCUCCCCGCCUCCACUUUCCGAACACCCUGCCCAAUUCGCCCCUUUUGCCGAUAAUACCACUCCACCUCGCACCCACAGCAGGGAACAAGAAUACCACCAUCAGCAACAAUUAAUACAGCAGCAUCAACAACUGCAACUGCAACAGCAACAACAUGGUGUAGUUCCUCAUUCUCCUAUGGCUGUUCCCCAGUCUCCUGGGCCUUUGCCGAUAAAGCAGAAUCCGGAAGCAGAGACUAGGGAGCGGCAAGCAGAAGAGGUUGCAAUUGUUCCCGACAGCAAUCCUUUACAACCACAGUCCCCUGCCCCUACUUAUGUCUCACACUCCGGUCAUAGGAUGGCUAGCAGGAGUAUAUCUGCGGUCCCAGACAUACCCUGCCAUACCCCCGGCCAAGCAUUCCACCCCCAACAAUGUGUAAAGGGCGGAAGCUGGACAAAUAGCCUGUGCGAAUGCUCAGAUAUUGGUGUCUGCUGCAUGGGCCUGUGGUGCCCAUGCAUUCUCUAUGGACGAACACAGCACCGCCUUUCAAGAAAAUCAAAACGGCAAGACCCGACUAACAUGCUUGGGUACUUCCUUUAA